GUCACACCGCUGCUAUUUUCUCCCCUCAGUCCCUCUCACUCUCAGCCUACAGCUCCAGCGGACUGACACUGGGCUUUGGAUAGAAAGAAACGAAGAAUAAGAUACAAAACAGAGGCCAAAAUGGCAGAGCUUGGAGCGGGAAGCCUGCCGUUAGGGGAUCCUGCUUUUAAUUACCAGGAACACGAGCUGAACGAGAGGCUGAAACGACUCUACCCGGCUGUGAACGAGGACGAGACCCCUUUACCCCGAUCCUGGAGCCCCAAGGAUAAAUACAGCUAUAUCGGGCUGUCACAGAACAACCUGCGGGUCCAUUAUAAAGGUCACGGCAAGAACCACAAGGACGCAGCAUCAGUGCGAGCCACACACCCAAUCCCCGCUGCCUGUGGGAUCUACUACUUUGAAGUCAAGAUUGUCAGCAAAGGUCGAGAUGGGUACAUGGGCAUCGGCCUGUCUGCCCAGGGAGUCAACAUGAACAGGCUGCCUGGAUGGGACAAGCACUCAUACGGUUACCAUGGAGACGACGGCCACUCCUUCUGCUCCUCUGGGACUGGCCAACCAUACGGCCCAACAUUCACCACGGGGGAUGUGAUUGGCUGCUGCGUUAACCUCAUCAACAACACUUGCUUUUACACCAAAAAUGGCAUCAGUUUAGGUGUAGCCUUCACAGACCUCCCUCCCAAUCUGUACCCCACUGUGGGGCUUCAGACCCCAGGCGAGAUCGUAGACGCUAACUUUGGCCAGCAGCCGUUUGUCUUCGACAUCGAAGACUACAUGAGUGAAUGGCGGGCCAAGAUCCACGGCAUGAUCGCUCGCUUCCCCAUAGGAGAAAGACUGGGGGAAUGGCAGGCCGUCCUGCAGAAUAUGGUGUCCAGCUACCUGGUGCACCAUGGGUACUGUGCCACCGCAACAGCCUUCGCCAGAGCCACAGAGACCAUGAUCCAAGAGGACCAGACAUCUAUAAAGAACAGACAGAGAAUACAGAAGCUGGUGCUGGCAGGACGGGUGGGCGAAGCCAUAGAAGCGACUCAGCAGCUUUAUCCCGGCCUGUUAGAACACAACCCCAACCUACUAUUCAUGUUGAAGUGCCGUCAGUUUGUGGAGAUGGUGAAUGGUACAGACAGCGAGGUUCGCUGCUUGACUAUUCGCUCCCCUAAGUCCCAGGACAGUUACCCCGGCUCACCCAGCCUUAGCCCCCGCCACGGAGCCAGCAACACACACCUGCACACUGGAGGAGCAGACAGCCCUACCUGCAGUAAUGGGGUGACCCCCCCCAACAAGUCAAAGAGCCACGGCGGUACUGGCAGCAGCAGUAUCAAAUAUCCCAGCGCGUCCUCUUCUGCCUCCUCCUCCACCUCUUCCUCCCCUUCCUCAGUCAACUACUCUGAGUCCAACUCCUCCGAUUCCACCAAGAGCCAGCCACACAGCGCCAACAGCACCCAGGAAACCAGUGACAGUGAGAUGGAGAUAGAGGCAGAGCACUAUACCAACGGGGUUGUUGAGGGCUCCUCAGCGCGGAUUAUGAAUGGGACAUACAAACAUGAAGAGAUCCUUCAGCCAGAUGACAACAGCAUUGGCAAUGGGGUCACAGCAGAUGAGGGUUGUAGUAAUAGCAAACAGCUUUGUGGAGGGAACCAGGCAGCCACAGAGAGGAUGAUCCAGUUUGGACGGGAGCUGCAGGCGCUCAACGAACAGCUGUGCCGCGAGUACGGCAAGAACGCCACACACAAGAAGAUGUUACAGGAUGCAUUCAGCCUGUUAGCGUACUCAGACCCGUGGAACUGUCCCGUUGGCCAGCAGUUAGAUCCCACGCAGAGAGAAUCACUGUGCUCCGCUCUCAACAGCGCCAUACUGGAGUCCCAAAAUCUGCCUAAGCAGCCUCCACUGAUGUUAGCACUGGGUCAGGCCACAGAGUGUGUUCAGCUCAUGGCCCGAGUCCGGUCUGGUUCCUGCUCUUUCGCCAGAGUAGACAACUUUUUGCACUAGCCCCGGUCCAGGUUAAUGUUAAGUAGCACUGAGAGAAGGCAUGUCCAGCAGGUAGUUGUCAUGGCGACGGAGGAAAGAGCAUGCGUGUGAUUGGUGUGUUUGGCUGUCCGUCAGACCAAGUCAGCGGCACAGACAGAGGAGCGGAGGAGAGCAAGAGAGAAGAAAGCUUCCUUUUAAUUUAGUAUUAUCAAAUAAAGAAACGUGUGACACUAUUUAAAGAUAAUUAAUUAUUAUUCUGUUUAUCUAGCCUUUUUUUUAGUUAUUUUUUGUCAGUUUGUUGUGCUCAUCCUGGACAAAACAAAUUGUAAUUCCCCUUUUUAUUUUUUCUUCUGUUUUAAUGGGUGGAUUUUGAUUCCCUACAAUCAGUAUUUUACUCACAUUGUUGUUGUUGUUCACCAUAUCACAGACCACAAUACCCACAGCUGGUUGCCACGGUGACCCCCACAACUGUAGGUCAGGCUUAGCAAAACCUGAGGUAUAUGACAUCAUUUUUAAUAAGAUGUAGAGGACAGACUAUACAAACUCUGAGCCCUUUAUUCCACUUCUGCUUGGAAGUGCAUUCAUGUCUUGAAAUGGGGUGAGCAAACAAGUCGCCAGCAUGAAAACACCUCUGACCGUGUGGAGCGGAUCAUUAGCUCUGGUCAAGGCUGAUGCAAUACAGUAGUAAACACUAACACUGAUAGAAAUCGGACUGAUGUAAGACAAAAGUGAGUCACCAAUUAUUCCAGAAAGUUGGAAACAAAAAUUUGGUGGCUGUGUUUUGUUGCCAGAACCUUCCUAUAUUAUAGUUAUACUGUGAGCUAACAGAUUAGUAGCCAAAAAACAGGACCCAUCCUGACAAAAAUAUCACCUUUGUAUAAAACAUAAAUGAAGGGUCUUUGUAGUGGUGAACACUGCCAGUAACCAGGGGAAAAGGGUGAUGACAAGGGAUUAAAUUGGAAUAUUGGACGUGUCGAAGCCUUAAUUUUGCUGUGAAUACCACAGCAUUGAGCAAUCAGUGAUGUGGUUGCGGGUGGCAGAGCUCAACCCUAGCUACAGCUACACCACCUGCUCUCAGGUCUGAGCCUAACACUAUUACCAUGGUCACCUUGAGUCCAGCAUUGGGAAAAUCAGUAUCAAAGGCAGACUAACAAGCAUAGUGUGUGUAUGGCCAGAAGUCAAUCCACUUCAGGUGUCUUUAUUUUUUUUUAAUAUCGUCCACAGUCUGACCUGCUGUGUGCAUGUGCUGUCGUAAUUAGAAUUUCAAAUAAAGAGGUGAAGUCAUUUGCCACACAGGAAGGUUUUUUAAUUUUAGGGUGCACUUUGUGAUAAUUGCAUCACAGUCUUUCUUUCUUUUUGAUUUCAAUCCACUUAAAGCCAGUCCUGUUUGUAGGGAAAAGGCUUUUUUCCCCCCACACAGACCCCUUCAUUUCUCUAACAACCAUGAACUUGACUGUGUUCUUCCCGCUAUUGGAUAGAGGGACAUAGUCAAGUCAAAUUUAUUUAGUGUGUAGCCCAAACUCACAAGAUUGUCCCAGAAUGUUUUUCACCCUGAAUAUUAACAUGAUAAUGAGAUGGAAAAGAAGGAUCUUUUUAUUAAUCAGGUUCGCUGCUGGCCACUAUGAGAUUUACAAAGAAGUCAUCAUCACAUUGCUUUUGUACAGGAGCUUGUAUUUUAGAGUCACAUCAGUAGUAACAAAACUACCAAAUACCACAUAAAGCUCCAAACAACAUAAAUUACUCCUCAUUGUCAGAUGCUAGUGUUCAAUAUUGAAUAACUUAAACAUCAAAUACAUCCAUAUAAAUCAAUUGAAAUAUAUAAUUGAACCUUUAAGUUGUUAACUAAUGUAAUACAGUUUUAGAAGGAAAAUUCAAUUAUAUUAGUGUCACUCACCCAGGCUCAGAAACCGCUAACUGAAAUUUAGUCAGCUAGCUCCUGUUUGCUAGUAGCUAACUUACUAGCUACUUAGCAGAGUCACCCAAUGAGUUGCUGCUGCUCAUAAGCAAUGAUUGAACAGCAUAAAUGCAUAAACAAGCAUAAACACACUUGUUUAUGUUGAAGAUGUUGUAGCCAACAGGAGUUAGCUAGCUAGCUAGCUGGAAGUUAGUGGGCCUGAGUUCACUUUUGAUAAUAAUUAUUUUCUUUUAAAUAUUAAAUUAUUGUAUCUCUAGAUUAUUAAUUUAAUAUUGGAUAUGUUGGUUUCUCUUUUAGAAGUUGGAAUCUAUUUUUUUCAUUUUAUCCAUAACUGUGUAUUCUUCAUCUCAGUGAUGAGCAGUUGUUAAUUUGGGAGGUCAAAGUCAUCAUCAUCACCUGCUUUCUGUCUCUGUAUAUCUAAACUGAUAAUGGUUCAUGGCAAAAUUACAACUCUGACUCGACUGCCCCCCAUUUUUAUGUGAAUCAUUAGUCUAAUUGGGUUUUGAUUAAAAUUGUUCCAUCCCUCAGCUUUAUCUAAAACAUUUUACUUUUGUUUUUACACAGGACCUAUUUUCUACCAAAUAGCAAUGACUGAAUGUUGUCUGACUAGUGGCAAACUGUCACUCUGGCUGCGUUGUUGUCACCUGGGAAAUGGCUCAUGGAUCCACCCUGAAGUGUAUAUUGCCAUUUAUGAGAGAAUUCCCAUCUAAGGUAGAGAAAUAUGGAUAAAUAUAAUACCGGAGAUGUGUGUAUGCAGUGUGGGGUUUACUACAGGGUAUGUGGUCAAACUUUAUACCAAGCUGUUUUUUUAUAAACGCACAUUCUGCUAUAAUAGGAACUAUUCUAAUAACUACACAUACAGUACACACUUGACAUCUGCUUCUACAGUUGUAAAGGACUUCUGUUACACAUACACACACGCACACACCUGUACGUGAAAGAACAACCUCUGUUGCAUACCUGUAGGGAACAAGUCUCCCAGCUGUCCUUUGUGUUUGAGCCUGGGCUGUAUCUCAGCGCUGUUACCACGCACCCUUCCUCUACUCCCUGCAUAGACAUAGCCACUGAUGUGAUCAGUGAUUGUUUUAAGGAAAGGAGGGAUGUGAAUUGUUGGGAAAUGGGCCCCGAGGCCUCUGAAGCCACAUGGACUUCUUCUGGAGAGGCCGGGGAAAUGGAUUUAGGCAUCACAGACAAGCUGUGCACAGUUGACUUCUAUCAUGAUUUUAAUUUCAUAUUUUGACUUUUGAGUUUUAGCAAAAAAAAUUUAAAAAAAAGAAAGAAAAAAAACAAUUGUGAGAUGAGUUACCCUCUACUUAGCAUGACUUUUAAAACCUUUAAAAUGAUAUAUAAAAAAGGAAAAAUGAUAAUUGAAAAAAAAAAAAACCUAUGUACUGGAAACAUGUUAAAGAAGAAAUAUUGUAUUCUGUUUAAUUUUGACAGACUUAUUUUUAU